AUGAAGCUAAACAUCUCUUUCCCAGCCACUGGCUGCCAAAGGCUCAUUGAAGUGGACAGUGGCUGCAAACUAAGAACGUUUUAUGAGAAACUAAUGGCCACGGACCAUUCUGAUUCCCUUGGUGAAGAGUGGGAGGGAUAUGUCAUCUGGAUCAGUGGUGGCAAUGGCAAAGGUUUCUUCAUGGAGCAAGGUGUCCUGCCUCACAGAUGUGUCUGCCUUCUGCUCAGGAAGGAGCAUUCCUGCUAUCAUCCCAGAGGAGCAGAGAGAAAGCACAAAUCUGUUUGUGGUUGCAUUAUUGAUGGAAAGUUGAGUGUCCUGAACUCUGUCGUAGUGAAAAAGAGUGAAAAGGGCAUGCUGGGGCUGACAGACACAGCCCUGUCCAAAAGGACCAGCAGAGUCCCCAAGCUGUUCAGCCUGUCUAAGAAGGAUGACGUUUGCCAGUAUGUUGUGAGGAAGCCUCUGAACAAGGGGGGCAAAAAACCCAGAACCAAGGCUCCUAAAAUCCUGACUCAAGUGCUGCAGCAUAAGUGCAGGCAUGUUGCUCUGAAGAAGCAGGGCGCUCAAAAGAACAAGGAGGAAGCAGCAGAAUAAAAGCUCUUGGCCAAGAGAAUGAAGGAAGCCAAUGAGAAAUGCCGGGAGCAAAUUGUGAGCUGGAGCUGGCUUUCUUUGUUGAGAGCUUCUACAUCUAAAUGA